GUGAGAAAGAUGGCAGUUAAGGAGUUAAGCAGUAGGCAGUGCUAGAGGCCUGCAAAUAGAACGCAGCUCUGUGGCUCUGGCAAAGACGGUGGCAGCAGCAGCAGCAAGAGAGAGGGAGGGAGGGAGAAGAAAUGAGAGAGGCUGCCAGAUAGAGAUGUUAAAAAAGGGAGCCCAGCAAACCACCUCGCAGCAGUUGGGAGCUGGAAGCAUCCCCAGAGGCAGGAGGGCAUCCCAACCUCCCUUUCCUGGGCUGGUGAGCCAGCAGCGGUGAUGAAGACCAUCUUUUCUGGCAAGGAGGGAUCUCUGGGUGCGGAGCAGCUGAGAGAAGCCAGUGUGCGGCUCCGGGGAACUCUGCAGUGACUGGUCUUUUCAGCGUGACCAUCUUUCCAGAAGCGAAUCUGGCAGCAGGGUGGCUGUCUCUGGCGCUCCGGCCAAAUGCAUCCGGUCGACUGAGAAGGUGUCCCUGUGAUCUGGGUGUGAAAGGCAAAAAAGAGAGGAGAUUCUGGGCCGGCAGAACUUGGAUUUGAACGCUCGGUGGUCUGAGCUUCUCCAUGCUACCCAUCAAGGGAGCCAGGCAACCGCUGCCUCCUCAGCAGAAUGGCCAGAGUUGGCGAGAAGAUGGAUGUUCCUCCUCUGAGGACCCCAUGAAGGCAUCAGUGUUCAGGUAGAGCAUUCUCGUUUGGAUGCUGUGGCAGUGAGAGGAGGUUUGUUUCGCAAAGUUCCCAGCCGUUCCAUUAUUCCUAGGAAGUCCCUGGAUAUGUCGCCAUUCUUCGCCUGAAAGGGGAGUCCCUUCUGCCUCUUCUGUUUGACGUCAAAACAACCCAUCCCAUCAGCAAAGGGAAUCCAGUAGAUUUCAAACGGCUUUCGGAACACAUCACUCUCCCAAACAUGAUCCCUCUGUCGAUGGAAUCUCUGGUCCAGAUUCUGAGGGGAUGUGAAGGGGAGGCAAAGGUGCCAACAGAAAACGAUGCUUUGAGAAAGCACCACCUUAUCUCAGAGCAGGACUGAUAUCUAAAAUAAGACAAUACACCUUUCCUUUCCAAGUCUAGGCCUGGGGGACCAUUAGAAUCGUGGGGUGUUUGGGGCACCCAAUAUGUCGAAAUGCCGCAUUUGAGCCAUCGACAAUAGCACACCCUUCCAUUUUGGCCUUUGACAUCAACCACAAUUUAUUUCACCUGCUUGGGAAUUCCUUCGCAAGCUCAGAGCUGGAGCCUUUCUGCGCGUUGCGGAUUUGUACCCAGUCGAGGAACGUAAUGAAACCGGUAUGGCCAAGCUCCUGCUAAAGUUCCAGCGGUAUUUUCGGCGGAAACCCAUCCGCUUCUUCACCUUGAUUGCCCUCUACCUGACGGCUGGGAGUUUGGUGUUCCUCCAUGCUAGCUUCACCGGAGAGGUGAGAGUCACGGAGAAUGUGCCCAGGGCCAAUGACGGGGCCGGGAAUGGGAUGGAAGCCCAGUCUUUGGUGACACUACAACUUGGCCGGGAGUUUAAAGAGACACCGGAAUCUUUGACUGUGGCCCGGAGGUAUGGGUCUUGGUUUAAGAGCCCUUCCAAAGAUACAGCGGCGAGGAGCAAGAUAGGGGACUACGGUGGGACUUGGAGUAGAGCCCUCAAGGGCAGGAACGUGCGAGAGAAGGAAGAAGACAGAGCAAAAUACAUCGGCUGUUACGUCGACAACACCCACCGGAGAGCCCUGCGCGGAGUGUCCUUCUUUGACUACAAAAAAAUGACAUUGUUCCGUUGCCAAGACAACUGCGCCGAACGGGGUUACCUCUUCGCAGGCCUAGAGUUUGGGGCCGAAUGCUAUUGUGGCCACAAGAUCCAAGCGGCGAACGUCAGUGAUUCCGAAUGCAACAUGGAGUGUAAGGGAGAAAAGAGCAACAUUUGUGGUGGGGUGAACCGACUCUCAAUCUACCGCCUGGAGUUGGCCCAAGAGUCUGCAAGGAGGUACGGCAGCGCCAUAUUCCGCGGAUGCUUCCGCAGGCCGGAUAACAUCUCCUUGGCUUUGCCGGUGAGCAGGGUCAUGAGAAACAUGUCUGUGGACCGGUGCGUUGACUUCUGCACGGGAAAGGAAUACCCACUUGCGGCGCUGGCUGCCACCGCCUGCCACUGCGGCUUCCCUACGACCCUCUUCACGUUGCACGAGAGGGAAGACGAGCAACUCUGCUCCCAAAAAUGCAGCGGCGAGGAAUUCGAGAGCUGCGGCACCUCCAAGUAUUUCAUCGUUUAUCAGACUCAAGUUCAAGAUAACCGCUGUAUGGACCGGAGAUUUUUAACAGCUCGGGCCAAGCAGUUUGUUGCCCUUGCCAGCUUUCCUGGGGCGGGCAAUACCUGGGCAAGGCACCUCAUUGAACUGGCAACAGGUUUCUACACUGGCAGCUACUACUUCGACGGCUCUCUUUAUAACAAAGGGUUCAAAGGUGAACGGGACCACUGGCGAAGUGGGAGGACGAUCUGCAUCAAAACUCACGAGAGCGGGCAGAAGGAAAUCGAGGCGUUUGAUGCAGCCAUCUUGCUGAUCCGCAACCCCUACAAAGCACUGAUGGCUGAAUUCAACCGGAAAUAUGGAGGCCACAUUGGGUUUGCUGCUCACGCCCACUGGAAAGGGAAAGAAUGGCCAGAAUUCGUCAAGAACUAUGCCCCUUGGUGGGCGACGCACACCCUUGACUGGCUCAAAUACGGCAAAAGUGUCCUGGUGGUGCACUUUGAGGACCUGAAACAAGACCUCUUCAUUCAGCUCAAGAGGAUGGUCAGCCUCUUGGGCAUCGCAGUCCUUGAGGACCGUCUUCUGUGCGUGGAAGGCCAGAAGGAUGGGAACUUCAAGCGAUCUGGGCUCAGGAAGUUGGAAUACGACCCCUAUACCCUUGAGAUGAGGAAACUGAUCAACGGCUACAUCAAAACAGUGGACACAGCCCUGAAACUCAGAAACCUCACAGGGGUACCAGAGGACUAUUAUCCAAGAUGAUGGUCGUGUUGGGUAGGGACAUCUUUUGGCUGGGAGGAACGGGAUCUGCCCAGGCAGGUGCGGCUUGGUUUCACCUGGCGAGUCACUAUUUCCACCCAGUGGGUGGCCCUUUUUUGGACUUCUGCUGCUCGCUGUUAACGAAUCCCCUUGCAUGAGCAAAAAGCAGUCAACAUCCACCAUUGCCAGUAGAAGAUGCCUUGGCAAGCCAGCCCACACAGAUCUACGUUCACUAGGGACCAACAUUAACAUACGGAUGGGGGAGGUUUGCAAAAUGAAGCUAGAUCUUUGCUACUGCUGUUUGGAAGAGUGUUGUCUCCCCUGCCCCACUUCAUAAUACGAAUCACCUCAGCUCUGUUCCAGAUGGUUGCAGUACCCAGAUCUU